GUCACUGCUAAAAUCAGAGCAGAUAGAGCCUGCGCAAUGGAAUAAAGUCCUCAAUAUUGAAAUGUGACAUUGCUCUCAACAUCUCACAUCUCUCUGGAUUUCUUUUUUCUCAUCAUUACUGCUAACAAAUUCAUUUCCAGACUUUGCACUUUUAAGAAGCAAUGGAAAAAAUCAACAGUCUUUCAACACAAUUAGUUAAGUGCUGCUUUUGUGAUUUCUUGAAGGUGAAGAUGCACACUGUGUCCUACAUUCAUUUCUUCUACCUUGGCCUGUGUUUGCUUACCUUAACCAGUUCUGCUGCUGCUGGCCCAGAAACACUCUGUGGUGCUGAGCUGGUUGAUGCUCUUCAGUUUGUGUGUGGAGACAGAGGCUUUUACUUCAGUAAGCCUACAGGGUAUGGAUCCAGCAGUAGACGCUUACAUCACAAGGGAAUAGUGGAUGAAUGCUGCUUCCAGAGUUGUGACCUGAGGAGGCUGGAGAUGUACUGUGCUCCAAUAAAGCCACCUAAGUCUGCACGCUCUGUACGUGCUCAGCGCCACACUGAUAUGCCAAAAGCACAAAAGGAAGUGCAUUUGAAGAACACAAGUAGAGGGAACACAGGAAACAGAAACUACAGAAUGUAAGAACAUGCCAUCCACAAGAAUGAAGAAUGAAUGUGCCAUCUGCAGGAUACUUUACUGUAAAUAAAUUAUUUGUUAAACAUUGGAAGACUUAAAGAAAAGAAAAAAAAACCAACAACCUAUGGUUUAAUAAGCUUGAUGAAAUCUCAACCAAUGGGCAUUCUCCCACUGAACAAUGCAACUAAACAUUCCAAUAUUAAGUCUUUAGAGAACAGAACAUUUUAACAAGCCCAGAGAUAAAAAAUUCUGUGGUUGAUAUAUUCUGUUUGUUAACCUGUUUUAAAUGUCCUGCACAAAUCUCUUAACGUCCUGUGCCCCUCAAAAGCCUACAAAUUUAUGGGCCUUUGAUGGAUCCAAUUGCACUAAAUUAAUCUAUGAACACUGGCUGCUGGAGUCAUUCAUCAGCCUUGUCUAAGUGGUGGGGUUUUUUUAUUUGCACUUCUAUAUAAGCAACAGGCUGUUUGUUUUACAGUGUCUGAUAACAUUGUUUGUCUGCCCCUUCAUAUUUGCACAGUUUGACAUUCCCAGUAACAGCAGCAGUAAGGUAACAUAUACAGUUAUAAACAUCCAUUAAUUCCAUCUGUGGCAUUUUGACAGAAUAUGGGUUGUAGAUGCAUUUGCAUUAAGAGAGUUUUAUUUUUCCUUCUCUUACAAAGAUGCAGUUUAUUGCAGUUUGUGAGACAAAAGAUUUUUAAGAGCAGUUCAAGCAUACAUAGACUCUCAAACCAUCAAUGAUUCUUCCAGGUAAUCAUUUUGGAACAGUAUAGGUAACUUCUUUCUUCCUCCAUAUAAUGCAGUAUGUAAAAUUUAGCAUAAUACACAUAUAUCAAACAGUAUGUAAAAAUCUCUGUUUUAUAGUACAACGGUGCUAUUUUAUAGUUUGUUACAUGAAAGGGUCUGGCCAAAAUGGUAAUAGGUAAAAGCAAAUAUGGAAAGAUCAAGCCAAAGAUUAAAAAGACAAUAUAGUUAUAAAAAUAUUCAGUUUAUGUGAACUAAACCAGCUCCAGAUUACAAUCAGGAAAUACGUUCCCCAUUUUUAAAAGAAAAUUCAGAUACUUGUUUCCUUUUAGAUGUUUGAAUGGUGGUAGUUUCAGUUACAUGGUACACAUAGGACCCUCCUAAGGCUUAGAGAAGACAAUUUGAAUAGCCUCCAAAUGACUUUGAAGGGUAGCCCAUCAAGCAUUCUAUUCAAACACAACAGAAGGUUACUCCAGUUCUUUACCAUUUUAAUUCCUUAGACUGAUGCAUCUAUCUGUAAGUCAGAAAAGUUUAUCUAAUCACCAAAUUACAAUGUAGAAACAGUGCUCAAGAAGAGAUGAGCCAUAAUGUCCUUCAAACUGCUCCUUACAAUAGCCUUCCAUGCACUCUUGUGGGAGACAUAUUUCUGGAUAAUGUCUGUUAUGUAACCUCGAUAGGUACUGCACUGAUUCUACCUUGAAUAACACUGUGUCCUAUGCUCCAUUUUCAUAAAUCAAUUUAGUGCAAGAUUGGCCAUGCGGUAAAAGAGGAUAGGUAGCCAACUCUGUCCCAAGGUGAGCAAUAAACUUCUCUGUGAGAGGAGAGGAGGAGGAGAAUGCUCUGUUCCACCCUGUCCAGAACUGAAACGUAAUUCCCCUUGUCCUCUUCCCCUUAUCAAUCCACAGGCAGGAAGUCAGACAUGGGAUGAAGCAUCCCUUUCUUAGUCCCAAAGAGGGCAGCAACAAUAGUAUGUGAAGGAAGCCAUUAGGGUGAUGUUAUAUUAGCUCUAUAAAAGCACCUCUUUUAAAAUUCAAAUCUGCCUUACUUUCUACUACGUCUAUGGGAGUAGAUGACUGGACUAGUGAUUAAAACACAAAGAAUCUCUGCAGACUGCAUUAUUGUACAUGUUCUCAAUAGUUUCUUGCGAGGGAGAUAGGAAAAGUAGGUUCAUAACAAUGUAAUAAGUCAUUAUUGUUCCUUUUUAAUUCCUAUAUAAGAUGUGACUUUCAUAAUUUUUCCAAGGAAAGUGCAAUACUUUCCUAUGCAAUUCUUUAAAUCCUUUGCUUUCUAGGAGAUGGGUGCUUAUAUACAUAAGUGGCUGCCAUCACAAUGUAAAAGCAACAGUAAAUGAAUUAACAGAAUAUGUCAGAGCUAUCAGUGACUGAGAAGUUAUGUUGAACAAGGAAGAAAGCACAGAGAAACAGACAGGGAAAUUGUCCGAAAUUAUUUACCACUAAUUCAAUAAACAGAGAGAGUAAUUCUGCUACCUAUCACAGCUCCUACAGGCCUGUCUUUGGCGGAGAACAUGAAGAGGAAAGUUUUUUUAAUUCACUGGUUGUUAAGAAUUCUGAAAUGCAUUCUAACAAUAAGCCAUUAUUCUGAUGUCAUAGACAUAACACAUAUUUACAUUUUGUGUUGCAUGGCUAUUUCUGUCCUUUUCCUCCCGUGAAGUUCUGUGAAGGAGAGGAGCAAAGAAAGGUGUGAGUGCGAAAAGCAAUUUGCAGAUCUCUGUGAUGGCAGGUUUCAUUUUACUGAUGCACUGUUAACAUAACUGAAUAGUCACAUAUCAUUGCACUAUUUAAUUCCUGUGAUCUAAUUCAAAUUUUGGUCUUAUCUUGUGGGGUGUGCACUCACAGUUAUGCCACAAUACCUCUCCUAUUUAGAAAUCAUAAUUAGAAAAUGUGACUCAUAGCAAUAUUUAACAUCAGAAUUUGACAACAGAUUAAACAAAUUGAGCAUAGUUCUUGAAAGAGACUACAGUAUUCAUUGCAGUAAAUACUGAAUUGCUACAAGCUUCAAAGGAAACACUUUGCUUUACCGAGAAUAAAUGGUAUCACAAAAUGGAGAGUUGCUCCACCACUGCAGAAGUGAGAAAUGCAUACUUGUAUAAGAAAUCUUCAGUCAUAUGGGCAGGGAAGAUAUGAUGCUCUGGCCAAUGUGAAAGAUGAAGGUCUGUCUUAGCUUAAUAAUCACAAUAAAUCUGCUAAUUAAAGAAGUUGAAGCAUCAGCCAAAUAUCUCCCUCCCAAAAGUACAAAGUACUACAACUUGAAAAACUCCUAAUUAAA